GAGCAACAACAACAACGCAUGGGCCGGAUGAGCGACGUGUGGGGCAAGGGCAGCAAGUGGGUCGGCGGCCUCGAGGUCUCGCGCAACGACAGUCGCCUGUACCGGUCGUUCCAGCUGCCGAAUAAGCUGCGUGUGCUCCUCGUCUCGGACGCGGCGACCGAGAAGGCGGCGGCGGCGCUGGCCGUGGGUGUCGGCCACCAGGCGGAUCCGCCACACGUCGCGGGCCUGGCGCACUUUCUCGAGCACAUGCUCUUCCUCGGCACGGCCAAGUACCCGGACGAGACGAGCUACAAGACAUAUCUGAGCGCGCAUGGUGGUCGCUCGAACGCGUCGACGUCGGCGAUUGCCACCACGUUUUACUUUGAUGUGGCGCCGCCGCACUUGCACGGCGCGCUGGAUCGGUUUGCGCAGUUCUUCAUUGCGCCGCUCUUCUCGUCAAGUGCCACCAACCGCGAGAUGCACGCCGUCGACGCAGAGCACGCCAAGAACGUCCAGGACGACGCCCGCCGGCUCUACCAGCUCUCGAAAGAGCUCGCGAACCCAGCCCACCCGUUCCACAAGUUUGGCACGGGCAACUUGGAGACGCUAUCCACGCAACCGACUGCACUCGGCAUCGAUGUCCGCGCGGAGCUGCUUGCGUUCCACGCGCGGUAUUACUCUGCGAACGCGAUGAACCUCGUAGUCUAUGGUCGGGACGACCUCGACACGCUCGAAAGCUGGACCACGUCGCUCUUCUCGCCCAUCCAAAACGCCGAUGCACGCCCGCAUGCGCCACCCGAGAAUGUGCAGCCGUACGAAGCAGCGCAGCAAGGUCGGCUCAUCUCGGUCGUCCCUGUGCGCGACUUGCGGACGCUCGAGCUCACGUUUCCACUGCCGUCGCUGCAAGCCCACUUCCUCGACAAGCCGCAGCGGGUGCUCUCGCACCUGCUCGGGCACGAAGGCGUCGGGUCGCUCUGCGCGGACCUCAAGGCCCGUGGGCUCGCGAACGGCGUCUCGACCGGUCUCACGCGGGACUAUGCUGACUGGUCGCAGUUUAGCAUCAAGAUCCUGCUCACGCCUCGGGGACUGGACGCGAUCCCAGAUGUGGUGCAAACCAGUUUCCAGUACAUCGCGCGCAUUGCCCAAGCUGGCGACGACGUGCUGCAGCGCAUCUUUGACGAGGCGCAGACGCUGAGCAUGCUGCAGCUGCGCUACCGCAACCAAGAGCCCCCGAUUUCGUACGUCUCGUACCUCACGCGCAACCUCCAGCUCUUCCCGGCCGAGCGGGCUGUCUCGGGGCCGUACGUCCUCGACCAGUUUGAUGCGACUGGCUUCCGACGCAUUCUGCAACUGCUCACGCCGCACCGACUGCGCCUACUGCUCGUGAGCCAGAGCUGCGCGCCGGAAGCGACCGAGCCGUGGCUUGGCGCGCGCUACAGCGACGCGCCGUUGGACCCGGCGUGGAUCGCGCAGUGGCAGUCGGCGACCGCUUCCUCCCUGCCCGAAUCGCUGCAGCUGCCGCGGCCCAACCCGUUCUUGCCGUCGCAGCUCCAUUUGGUGCCCGAGACAGCGGCGGUGAACCUCCUCGUGGAUGCCCCGACCAUGCGUCUGUGGCACAAGCAGGGCACGGGCUUUGAUCAGCCCAAAGCCAGCGCGCGCUUCAAGUGGUACACGCGCACAGCGUAUGCGACGCCACUCGCCGCCGUGCUCACCGAGCUCUACACGCUCUGGCUCGACGACGUUCUCGCCACGUCGCUCUAUGACGCGCACGUCGCCGGCAUCAAAGUCCACGUGUCCAACACGAUCGCGGGCGUGACGCUGCACAUCGCGGGCUACAGCGAAAGCCUCCAGAAGGUCCUCGACGCGGUGUGGGCCCAUCGCUUUGCCCCCAUGGAACGCGAGAGUCUCCGCCGCCUCCGCGACGCCCUCGAACGGGACUUGGCCAACACGCUUUUGGAAGAGCCGCACCGCUGGGCCGUGUACCAACGCCAAUUGGCGCUCACGGGCACGAAGUGGUCGGUCGAGACGAAACUCAAUGUGCUGCAAGCGGUGCCGGACGACGAUCUUCCGCGCGUCCUCGCCGCCCAUGCCGUCGACCUCUUCACCGCGCCGCAUGUCGAGACGCUUAUGUACGGCAAUCUGCUCGAGGAAGACGUUCACCGCCUCGUACAGACGGUCCACCCAAGUUCGAUGGCGGCGGGCGGGUUUGUGCAAGACGUGCCGGACACACGCAACUUUGCACUCACCGGCGACCAUGUGCUCCAGCUGCCGUGUCUCAACGGCGCCAACGAGAACGGAGCGACGCACGUCGCGUUCGAGUGCGGAAGCGACUCGACCGAAGCACGCGCGACCUCGGCUCUCUUGGCGCAGGUGCUCAAGGUGCCAUGCUUUACGACGCUGCGCACGACCGAGCAGCUGGGCUACAUCGUGUCGAGCAGCGCAGGGUGCAGCUAUGGCGUCGCGUACGUGUACGUGACGGUGCAGUCGAAAGCCAAGACGCCCGCCGAGGUGACCGGGCGCAUCCAAGCCUUCUUGUCGGGUUUCCGCGAUCGCUUGGCGGCCAUGCACGACGACGAGUGGAGAAAGCACAAGGCGGCGCUCGUCGGCAACCUCCUCGAGCAGCCAAAGACGUACGAAGAAGCGAGUGCGCGCGUCUGGGAAGAGAUUGCGUCGCAGACGUAUGCGUUUGACCGCCGGCGUGACGUCGCGGCCGCUGUUGACGCGCUCUCCAAAGCGCAAGUGGAAGAGAUGUUGGACGCACGGCUCGUCACCACGGCGACGCGCAAGGCGCUCUGGACGCAGGUCUGGCCGUCGAGCAUGACACGUGACGCGACAGCAUCCUCUGCACUCACCUCGAUCGAUGCGUUCCACGCCGACCGUCCGCUGCAUCCUGCGCGCACCAAGGGCUCGGUCCUCACAGCCAAGCUCUAGGUCUUGUUUCUGGCCAUCAAGUCGUACAGAUAUCCAUGCAUGUAUGUUCCAGA